CUCCGGCUGCGGUCCGAAAGACCAGUUUACGGUCGCAUGUGCCCCCACGCGCUAUUAUUCAAUACUCGAAUGCCUUUCUCCCGCUCGCCUCGACCCCUCACCCGCAAUACGCCUCUGCUUUGGUUUGUUCAAGAGGUUUGUCUCACUGCAUAACAACCGGGCAGAACCCCUGCGCGUUUGGAACAAGCCCCUCUUCGCUGUCAGACAGUGUGUGCUGGCAGGCCGGGAAAAGAGACGAUGCUGGGUGUUUGAUGACGAUGAUGGCUGGCUGACAUGGAAAAUGCGGGGGGUGGUUUCUGACAGUGAAGCAACCAACUCGAUACACACACACGUACCACCGUCGGCCACAUAGCAGCUUUUCAAACGCCGACACGCUAGACUCGUCUCCCGUACUUGUACAUAUGCAUCGAGGCCGAUGGCCGAAUUGCGCCUAGCGAGGAGCCCAUCCUACGGCUGCCGGGCCCGUCAAGCCUGUCGGGCGGGUAGGAGAGCUGAUUGCAUCGAGUGACAUCAAACCUUGGCCGCCUUCUAGUCCCACCUUUGCCGUCAUGCAGCCCGGCAACUGUGGAGGAGCGUUCUCGGCAUCGCGUGGCCCUCCCUGUUUACAUUGACCCCUCAACAUUUACCUUGUCUGUUGCUCUGCAUUGCUUACCUGCUUAAGAACCCCAUUUCACCGGCCUUGACAGAGCACAAAGCUGCUGUCCUCUGUUACUCCCACUUUUCUUCAAACCACGCGCACAUCUUUGUCCUCCCCUAAUCUCGUAUAUUCCACCACCUUGCCCAGCAGCGGCCGCCGGCCUCAGCAUGAUCCAAACACCCGAGCCAGCGCAGAUAAAAGCAGCCCACUAUGCCACUGCACCCACACCACCCAUUUCCUCACCAGGCUCUCCGUCUAGCGCUGCAAUCUCCAACAAUACUUCCAGGCCGCCUCUCGCCAUGUCCAUCAUCAAUCAUCACCACAUUCUGAUCGUGACCGGGCCAGCCGGUUGCGGAAAGAGUACCGUGGCCAAAGGCCUCUCUGACCGCUAUGGGUUUGACUAUAUCGAAGGCGACGACUAUCACCCCGAAUCCAACGUCCAAAAAAUGAGCGAAAACAUCCCAUUGAACGACGCCGAUCGCUGGGACUGGCUGAUUCUCCUUCGAGAUGCGGCGCUCGAGGCCCUCAAACGCGGCGCCAAAGGCGUUGUCGUGACUUGCAGCGCUCUCAAGAAGAAGUACCGAGAUGUCAUCCGCACGGCCCGUCUAUACGACGAAAACCCGAAUGCCAACGUUCACUUCAUCUACUUGCAGGCGAACCAGGAGCUUUUGCUGGCUCGUGUCGCUGCUCGCCAGAAUCAUUACAUGAAGGAUUCCAUGGUCUUGAGCCAGCUCCAGGACCUCGAAGAACCCGAUGACGAUGAGAUCAACAAGAUCAAGGAUGUCAAGAUCAUCGAUGUUUCAGUUACGCAGGAGCAGGUGGCCCAGCGGGUGGCGGAAGUGGUCGAUAAUCUCCUAAACGAGCUUGCAUGA